UUAGUGGCAUUGUUGCCGUCAAGCAGGCGAUUUGCCGAGAAGUGUUUGAUGCAUGAUAAGUGACUUUAUGAUAUUGUUUUAUUUUGCUUAGGGUCAGGCUUAUUUAGCUUCGUUCUGUGGAAAAGUAUAAUUUUUUUUAACACAUUACUCUGGGAACUUUGCUUUGUGAGCGGUCUGUUGCGUGUUACGUAAAAUGGUCGGGGUGAAGGUAAUCGGGAAUGAUUCUGAAUUCCAGCCUGAACUUACAAGCGCCGGCUCCAGACUCGCCGUAGUCAAGUUCACUAUGGCUGGCUGCCGGCCCUGUGUAAGAAUAGCUCCUGCUUUUAAUAUGCUGAGCAAUAAAUACCCACAGGCUAUGUUCCUGGAGGUGGACGUGCAUGUGUGCCAGGCCACUGCUGCUGCAAAUAAUAUAUCGGCGACGCCUACGUUUCUGUUCUUCCGAAACAAAGUGAAGGUUGAUCAGUACCAGGGGGCGGAUGCCUCAGGGCUAGAGGAGAAGAUAAAACAGCAUCUAGAAAAUGACCCUGGAAGCAACGAGGAUUCCGAUAUUCCCAAAGGAUACAUGGACCUCAUGCCCUUCGUUAACAAAUCUGGGUGUGAAUGCCUCAAUGAAAGUGAUGAGAAUGGCUUUGAGAACUGCUUACAGAAAGACCCCUCUUUCUUGGAGUCGGACUGUGAUGACCAGCUACUGAUUACGAUGGCCUUCACUCAGCCUGUCAAACUGUUUUCAAUGAAACUUCACAGCCCUGAAAUUGCUCAAGCACCAAAGUGUGUAAAAAUCUUCAUAAACCUGCCCCGCUCUAUGGACUUCGACGAUGCUGAAAGAAGUGAAGCCACCCAAAAACUAGACCUCACAGAAGAUGACGUGAAGGAAGAGGGCAUUAUACCGCUGCGUUACGUCAAAUUUCAGAACGUUAACAGCGUAACUCUAUUUAUAAAGUCCAACCAAGGGGAUGAAGAAACAACGAAAGUAAAUUAUUUAACUUUUAUUGGAACCCCAGUACAAGCCACUAACAUGAAUGACUUCAAACGGGUUGUCGGCAAGAAAGGAGAAAGUCACUGAAAACAAAGAGACACAUUGCUGCACUUACUCCAAGGACCUCUUUGCCAAUAUUACCUGGAUAGCUUAAAUAGAAACAGAAAGGUCUGUUUCAAAUUAACUUCCAUUUUCCAAGAGUAUAUUCACUGCUUCUAUUAGGGCAGGUCAUUUGAACAUUUUUAUUGUGAUCCAGCUGAUAUUGUAAAUAAAAUCAAUUGUUUUUCAAAGGCAA